GUCGUCGUCGUUUUGGUCCAGCUAGCUACCAUCAUCGAUCGUCUCCGGCUAGUCUCCCUUUAUAUAUUAACAUGCAUGCUUGCUCUCCACCAUCAACCAAAUAAUCGCAGACGCCUCGAGUGCACUCACACAAAGAAAAUUAGAUGCACGCUGCAAGGUAGAGAGAGAGAGAGAGGGAGAGAGAGGGAGAGAGAGAGAGAGAGAGAGAGAGAGAGAGAGCAAGAGAGAGGAGGAGCGAUCAUGGCGUGGAGGGACAGCUACUUGGACCUCGUGCUGAUCCCUGUGGGCCUCCUCUUCCCGAUCGUCUACCACAUGUGGCUGUGGCGCUCAGUCCGCCGCUGCCCGCUGCGCUCCACCAUCGGCAUCAACGCCGCCGCGCGCCGUCUCUGGGUGCUCUCCAUGAUGAAGGACAACGAGAAGAAGGCGGUGCUGGUGGUGCAGUCGCUGAGGAAUGUGAUCAUGGGCUCCACGCUGGUGGCCACCACGUCCGUCCUCUUCUGCACCGGCGUGGCCGCCGUGCUCAGCAGCACCUACGCCGUCAAGAAGCCCAUCAGCGACGCCGUCUUCGGCGCGCACGGCGAGUACAUGAUGGCGCUCAAGUACGUCGCCCUCCUCACCACCUUCCUCCUCUCGUUCCUCUGCCACACCCUCGCCAUCUGCACCUUCAACCAGGCCACCUUCCUCGUCAACGCCCUCUCCCAGUUCUUCGCCCUCCCCGACGGCGGCCGCCACCUGCCGGUGAACAAAGAGUAUGUCCUGGAGGUCCUGGACAGGGGCUUCCUGCUCAACUUCGUGGGGAACAGGCUCUUCUUCGGCGGCGUCCCGCUCCUGCUGUGGAUCUUCGGGCCCGUGCUCGCGUGCCUCUGCUCCAUGGUCAUGAUCCCGAUACUGUACAACAUCGACAUGGUGUACAUCGAAAGAGGAAAGGGUGGCGAGGUCAGUGACAAAGUGGAGAUGACCGAUGCCGACAGCGACGACGGCAUGCAAGUCUGAUCGGCAUUUGAUCCGAUCGUUGGUGACACGACCGACGAGAUCGACAUGCAGCAAGAACGAUCGACGGAUCGAUGUUAACUUCAUAUUUAAAAAAUCCAUGUGCGCGCCUUCGUUUGGAACACCGGGAUUGUUGUUUCAUUUUCCUAAACCAAUUCCGGCCCUGCAUGCAUGAUGUGAGAAAGUCUUGAGCCAGGAAAUAUGUGUUGUUCAAUUGUUGGUAGUGUAUGUCUGCAAGGCUUCAUUUAAUUUCAGCGACUAAUUAGUACUCCCACACACCGAAUAACGAAACUUGAUGGCAAUUUCA